CUGGAAUCAGUAGCGUACCUCUUUUUUAUUUUCUUCGGGGAAGUCUGCCAUGGCAAGGACUGAAAUCUCAACCGAAUGAUUACCGUUAUACGCGUAUUUGCGAUAUGAAAGCGAAGACGUCCUCGGAGACUCUUGCCGAUGGGCACCCCAAAGAGUUUGCAAGACUUUUGGAUUAUGUGCGUGCCUUGAAGUUUGAGGAAACUCCGAAUUACUCGUUUUGCCUGCAGUUGCUGAAUGAUGUGCUUACUUCGCGUGGUGAGACAUAUGACUAUCAGUAUUCGUGGUUGGCGAAGUUAGACCCACGGUGGGCAGAGGAAACGAAUGACGUAGAGUCAAUGGAAGAAGAAUUUCUUGACGUCAACGCGUCAUCCAUGGCGCGGUAUUACCACCGGCCAUCAUCCGCAAAUGCAUCACAGUAUCAAACCAUGACCGACGAGGAAUUUGAUAGGCCUUUUGGACAAAAGGGGGCGGACAAUUCAUGGAGGUUGUGCGAUUUGUACAAUAUAGACCUCUCUUUUUAG